CAACCCGGCAGCAGCAGGUGUUUUUUAAUUUGCCUGCACCUGAGGAACACCUCCCAGUGAUGUCUAGGUUGAAUUUUUGGCCAUAACCUUAAACAUGUCCCCUGUUUCACCGAGAGUUGCGGUGCUCGCGCGUCUGUUGCGGCUUCUCCUGCUGCACACGCUGGUUUUAGCUGAAGUGGCAGCGCAGGUGUCGGAGUCUUCAAACCAAACCACGCGGUGGACGAGGAGCAUCUCCAGGAGAGAACCCCGAACCCUUCCGCCUCCAUUCCUCCGCCUGCCGGUCUUUGUGGAUUCCAGGCUGCCGCUGGUGGCGAAGGAGCACUUCUCUCCAUCCAGAGGCACCGGGCACGAGCCUUUACCGGAGUCCAUGCGGGAAGUCCUGCGCCCGGUUCGGCGACAAACCACCCGCGCGCCUGGCGCGCCUGCGCAGGCCGUGAGCACUGUCUGCAAACUGGAUAAGAUGCACGUGCAGGUGUCGAGGAGCGUUCUGGGCGCAGACACGCACGCGCAGCUCAAACUGGGAACGUGCCGGCCCAGUAGAUCCACCGCGGAUCACGUCUACUUUGAGUAUGACGUGGGCAUGUGUGGAACCAAACGCACGAUUGUUAAUAAUCAAGUGACCUAUUCAAACGCACUUGAGUACAACCCACCAAGGCCCCAAGGACUGAUCAGACGAACGGUGCCCUUCACGCUUCCUGUUGCGUGUUAUUAUAACAGGUACCAAUACUCCUACAAGAUUGGCUACACGCCUGAGGUGCGGAUGCGGAAGAUCUUUAAGAUGAUGAAGAAUCAGGCCAACUUCAUUCUGACGCCACGAAACGCUCGGUGGGAGCGUCUCUCUCCGUCUGCUGAGUUCGUGCUCGGGGAACCCAUGUACUUUGAAGCCGAGGCUUCGUCCUUGUCCCGAGGGGAAAGGCUGUACGUGCACUCGUGUUUCGCCACCCCCGCUCAGUCGCACGCUUCCAAGCCUCGCUUUCCAGUCGUGACAAACUUUGGCUGCAUGGUUGAAAGCAAGGAGGGUCGGUCCAGGUUCAUCCCAUACAAAAACAAUGGUGUGAGGUUCACCGUGGAUGCCUUCGUGUUCAAGGGCAUGACCGGCAAGCAGCUCUACAUGCACUGCACCAUGUCUGUGGGCGGUUCUGCUCCCUCACCUACAGCGAAGUCCUGCAACUACGACGCAGAUGCAGGAAGAUGGGUUGAAUUGUCCGGACCAGACUCUGUUUGCACCUGCUGUGACACCAGCUGCAGCUCGCGUGGAUCUGCAGUGACUGAAAUAAUCAGCAGCAAAGCGUGGACAGUGGAGAAACCCACAGAAAGCGUGAGGACAAAGAUCGUUCCCACCGCAGCGGCUGGACGGGACCCGACGCCGCGGUGGGCGCCGCCGCCGCCGCCGCCGCCUGAAGCCUCGGCAGCGACUCCAGGUAAGAUGGAGGCGGAGAGACACUGGGACUUCAGAGACAGACGAGUGAAGUGGCGGCGGAAAGACGGCGACAUGCAGGUGAAGGGCUCUGCUGUCGUGGAGGAGGAGCCCGUCACACAACCCAUCAGAAUAUUUGAAGAAAUCUUUAUUUUUGAUGAAUAAAGUUAAAACUGUUCAGUC